AUGGCUCAACUUCAACCUGAUCUGGCUGAUCUGCCGGUUCGGUCGGAAUCGCCUGUUGAUUGGUCGGAACUUCAAACUGAUCUGUUGGUUCUUAUAGGUAAACAUUUAAAUUUGAUUGAAGACUACCUAAAUUUCCGUACUGUCUGUAAAUCAUGGCAUUCUGCCGCCACCAAGAAUAAUUUUAACAGUAACCUGCCUCGGGUUCCUUGGCUGAUGUUAGCCGAGGAAGAUAAUGAAACAUCAGAUGGAGUCAGUUCUUAUAGGAAAUUCUUCAGCCUCUAUAAUGGCAUGAUUUUGAACAGAAGUAUUCCCAAGGCUACAGGGAAACGAUGUAUGGAGUCUAUGGGGUGGCUUGUCACUGUUGCCGAAGAUGGUGAAAUUAGUCUGCUACAUCCUUUCACUGGUGGUCAGAUCGAAUUGCCACAUCCAAAUACCACCAUAGAUUAUGAUAUCUACCAACCACCUCAUCCAAUGACCUUUUUCCGGAAAGCAGUUUUGUCAGCUAGUCCUUCUCAUACAUCCGAUUACGUUGUCAUGCAUGGUCAUUGA